AUGGCCAGUGACUCGCCCUUCUUGCGCCUGCUGCCAGCCGAGAUCCGCAAUGCCAUCUACGAGCUCGCCCUCACUGCCCCGGAACCUCUACGUUGCUUCGACCCGGUCGUCUGGGACGAUUACAACCCUAAUAAGAAGAGACAUUACCUCUACUUCCGUGUGACAUCUACCAACUCGCUCGACGAACCUGCAUUCGAUGUAGACCCUGUCGAGUACAACCAGUUCAAGUAUGUCAGCAAGGAAUUGCACGCUGAGACCGUUGGCUUGGAACUUAAAUACAACGACAUCAUGUUUCGUGUCUCCAAGAAGAGCGAGAACGCGACAUCCUUCUUACUGCUGAAUCGAUGGCUGUCAACGAUACCCGUCGCGAAAAGGUCGUGGAUCAAGACUAUCAACAUCAGGAUGGAGACUAAAGGCUGUCACCCACCCCACAAGAUGCCGGAGGACGCGCAUACCAUUGCUCGCCUUACACGGCUAUGCAACGAUAACCCCUUGAUGAUAGUCAAGUAUCACUUGCCUAAAUGGCGCGUGAUACUUGACCAUCGAUAUUACAUCGCGAAUCUUCCAGGGACCUGUCCGAUUCUGACUACUCCGACUGCUAUCUGCUUUAUCUCCGAUGCUGCAGAUGUCUACUCGUACAUCCGCGGCGAAGGGGUUGAAAAGCUGUAUCCUGGUCCCCCGUUCAAGGUCGGACCAAUGUUAUUUGCGAGGAGGUGGAGGGAGAUUCCAGGUGUGGAUCUGGCAGAUCUGCAAGCUAAAAAUCUGACGUACUUUCCUGAUGUUCCUGAAGGCACGCAUAUACCCUUUAUCAAGAAGGAUCUUACAUGGGCGGCGCACGGCGAGGUCGUUCCAGAGGCAGAGCAAUGGAUCGGCUACAAGUACGCGAAGGAUUGGGUUGAGAAUGGCAUCUAG